AUGGCUCCUCAAAUCGCAUGGAUUGGCCUCGGCAACAUGGGCCGCGGCAUGGUCAAGAACUUGGUUGAGAAAGGCAAUCUCUCAAACCCAAUCAUCCUCUUCAACCGUACCACUUCUCGUGCUGAACAACUUGCAUCCAGUCUUGGAUCCGGCAAGGCCAAGGUCGUCUCGAGCAUUGAAGAAGCAGUCAAUGCUUCAGACAUCAUCUUUACUUGUGUUGGCGACGACAAGGCAAUCGAAGAAACCAUCAACUCUGCUCUCAAGGGCAAUGCAAAGGGCAAGCUAUUCGUAGACUGCUCCACCGUCCACCCCGACACUACAGACAAGCUCGCAAAGACUAUCAAUGACCAAGGAGCCGAGUUUGUCGCAUGCCCUGUAUUCGGUGCUCCCGCAAUGGCAGACGCAGGUCAGCUUGUAUGCGUACUUGCUGGUCCUGCCGAAGCUGUCGACAAGGUCAAGCCAUACACAACUGGAGUCAUGGGCCGUGCAAACAUCGACUAUUCUGGUGAGCCCCAUGGUUCUGCCACUCGUCUGAAGAUCAUCGGAAACACAUUCAUCCUCAACAUGGUCGAAACUCUCUCAGAAGGCCACACUCUUGCUGAGAAGUCAGGUCUUGGAUCCGACAGACUGCAUCAAUUUAUUGAGACCAUGUUCCCCGGUCCUUAUACUGCGUACAGCAACCGUCUCCGCCAGGGCGAUUACUACAAGCGUGAGGAGCCGCUCUUCGCUGUUGAUCUCGCAAGAAAGGAUGCCGGUCAUGCUCUGGCACUUGCCAAGACUCACGGUGUUCGUAUGAAGGACGUCGAGGUCGCCGAUCAGCAUCUUGCACAGGUGCAAAAGCACAUGGGUACCAAGGGUGAUAUCGCUGGAAUCUAUGGAGCUGUCAGACAAGAGGCAGACCUCAAAUUUGAGAACUAG